UUCGCCUUCGCAGCUCCCCGCCGCCGGGAGCCGGGAGCCGCCCGGAACCGGGCACCUGCGCCCGCAGCCUGGAGGUCUCCCCCCAGCCCGCCUCCAGGAGCUGGGAGCACAGAGGGGCCCACCAUGGUGUUCCCGGGACCCCUGGCUAUCACCCUGCUGCCGCCCAGCCUCACACUGCUGGUGGUGCACCUCGCCAGCUCCCAGGAUGUCUCCAGUGAACCCAGCAGUGAGCAGCAGCUGUGCUCCCUGAGGGAACACCCCAUCGUGGCCUUUGCAGAUCUGAAGCCAUGGGUCUCUAACUUCACCUACCCUGGAGCCCAAGAUUUCUCCCAGCUCGCUCUGGAUCCUUCCAGAAACCAGCUCAUCGUGGGAGCCAGGAACUACCUCUUCAGACUCAGCCUUGCCAAUGUCUCCCUCCUUCAGGCCACAGAGUGGGCCUCCAACGAGGACACGCGCCGCUCCUGCCAAAGCAAAGGGAAGACCGAGGAGGAGUGUCAGAACUACGUGCGAGUCCUGAUUGUCACUGGCCGGAAAGUGUUCAUGUGUGGGACCAAUGCCUUCUCCCCAGUGUGCUCCAGCAGACAGGUGGGGAACCUCAGCCGGACCGUGGAGAAGAUCAACGGUGUGGCCCGCUGCCCCUACGACCCGCGCCACAAUUCCACAGCCGUCAUCUCCUCCCAGGGGGAGCUCUACGCAGCCACGGUCAUCGACUUCUCAGGUCGGGACCCCGCCAUCUACCGCAGCCUGGGCAGCAGGCCACCGCUUCGUACCGCCCAGUAUAACUCCAAGUGGCUCAAUGAGCCAAACUUUGUAGCAGCCUAUGAUAUCGGGCUGUUCGCGUACUUCUUGCUGCGGGAGAACGCAGUGGAGCAUGACUGUGGACGCACCGUGUACUCUCGGGUGGCCCGUGUGUGCAAGAACGACAUGGGGGGCCGGUUCCUGCUGGAGGACACUUGGACCACGUUCAUGAAGGCCCGGCUCAACUGCUCCCGCCCGGGCGAGGUCCCCUUCUACUACAACGAGCUGCAGAGUGCCUUCCACCUGCCGGAGCAGGACCUCAUCUACGGGGUGUUCACCACCAAUGUAAACAGCAUUGCCGCAUCUGCUGUCUGCGCCUUCAACCUCAGUGCCAUCUCUCAGGCUUUCAAUGGCCCGUUUCGCUACCAGGAGAACCCCAGGGCUGCCUGGCUCCCCAUCGCCAACCCCAUCCCCAAUUUCCAGUGCGGCACCCUGCCCGAGGUGGGCCCCAACGAGAACCUGACGGAGCGAAGCCUGCAGGAUGCACAGCGCCUGUUCCUGAUGAGCGAGGCCGUGCAGCCGGUGACACCGGAGCCCUGCGUCACCCAGGACAGCGUGCGCUUCUCACACCUCGUGGUGGACCUUGUGCAGGCCAAGGACACGCUCUACCACGUGCUCUACAUCGGCACGGAGUCCGGCACCAUCCUGAAGGCGCUGUCCACGACGAGCCGCAGCCUCCGCGGCUGCUACCUGGAGGAGCUGCACGUGCUGCCCCCCGGGCGCCGGGAGCCGCUGCGCAGCCUGCGCAUCCUGCACAGCGCCCGCGCGCUCUUCGUGGGGUUGAGCGACGGCGUGCUGCGGGUGCCGCUGGAGAGGUGCGCCGCCUACCGCAGCCAGGGGGCAUGCCUGGGGGCACGGGACCCGUACUGCGGCUGGGACGGGAAGCAGCAACGUUGCAGCACGCUCGAGGACAGCUCCAACAUGAGCCUGUGGACCCAGAACAUCACAGCAUGUCCUGUGCGAAAUGUGACUCGGGAUGGGGGCUUUGGCCCAUGGUCACCAUGGCAACCGUGUGAGCACUUAGAUGGGGACAACUCAGGUUCUUGCCUGUGUCGGGCCCGGGCCUGUGACUCCCCCCGACCCCGCUGUGGGGGCUGUGACUGCCUGGGGCCAGCCAUCCACGUUGCCAACUGCUCCAGGAACGGGGCGUGGACACCGUGGUCAUCGUGGGCCCUAUGCAGCACCUCCUGUGGGAUUGGAUUCCAGGUCCGCCAGCGAAGUUGCAGCAACCCUGCUCCGCGCCACGGGGGCCGCAUCUGCGUGGGCAAGAGCCGGGAGGAACGGUUCUGUAACGAAAACACGCCUUGCCCGGUGCCCAUCUUCUGGGCAUCUUGGGGCUCCUGGAGCAAGUGCAGCAGCCACUGUGGGAGCGGUGUGCAAUCGCGGCGUCGGGCCUGUGAGAACGGCAACUCCUGCCCGGGCUGCGGCGUGGAGUUCAAGACUUGCAACCCUGAAGGCUGCCCCGAAGUGCGGCGCAACACGCCGUGGACGCCCUGGCUACCGGUGAACGUGACCCGGGGCGGGGCGCGGCAGGAGCAGCGCUUCCGCUUCACGUGCCGCGCGCCGCUGGCCGACCCCCACGGGCUGCAGUUUGGCCGGAGGAGGACGGAGACCCGAACCUGCCCCACGGACGGCUCUGGAGCCUGCGACACGGACGCCUUGGUGGAGGAGCUCCUGCGCAGCGGGGGCAGCUCCCCGCACACGGCGAGCGGGGGCUGGGCCGCCUGGGGCCCGUGGUCCUCCUGCUCCCGGGACUGUGAGCUGGGCUUCCGCGUCCGCAAGAGAACGUGCACGAACCCGGAGCCCCGCAACGGCGGCCUGCCGUGCGUGGGUGACGCUGCCGAGUACCAAGACUGCAACCCCCAAGCUUGUCCAGUGCGGGGUGCCUGGUCCUGCUGGACCUCUUGGUCCCCAUGCUCAGCCUCCUGCGGUGGCGGCCACUAUCAACGCACCCGUUCCUGCACCAGCCCCGCCCCCUCCCCGGGCGAGGACAUCUGUCUCGGGCUGCACACGGAGGAGGCGCUGUGUGCCACACAGGCCUGCCCAGAAGGCUGGUCGCCGUGGUCUGAGUGGAGUGCAUGCACGGAGGAUGGAGUCCAAAGCCGUGGCCGGCACUGUGAGGAGCUGGUCCCCGGGCCCAGCACUUGUGCCGGAAACAGCAGCCAGAGCCGCCCCUGCCCCUACAGGGAGAUUCCCGUGAUCCUGCCUGCCUCCAGUGUGGACGAGGCCACUGGCUGUGGAGGGUUCAGUCUCAUCCACCUGGUGGCCACAGGCAUCUCCUGCUUCCUGGGCUCUGGGCUGCUGACCUUGGCGGUGUACCUGUCCUGCCAGCACUGCCGGCGCCAGUCCCAGGAGUCCACGCUCGUCCAUCCCGCCACCCCCAACCACCUGCAUUACAAGGGUGGGGGUGCCCCCAAGAAUGAGAAGUACACACCCAUGGAAUUCAAGACCCUGAAUAAGAAUAACCUGAUCCCCGAUGACAGAGCCAACUUCUACCCAUUGCAGCAGACCAAUGUGUACACAACCACCUACUACCCGAGUCCACUGAACAAACACAGCUUCCGGCCUGAGGCCUCACCUGGACAACGAGGAUGCUAAGAACAAUAUGUUCCCUUGAGAUACUGAAUCAGAGGCCCUGAACGUGAAAAUACCAGGCACAGAGGUGGGUGUAUUGUGGGGGGCUCUUUGGACAACUGGGGGUUAAGAAACAGACUAUGAUUAUCAAUGGAAUUCAGCAGUUGCCUUUUCCAGCUAAUCCAAGACUGUGGUACCCAGGUUUCUCCCCCUCCUCUUCUUUCAGGCAGAAGAUUAGAAGAGGAUUCUUUGAAGGAGCAAAUCAAACCAAAGAUUCUAAAAGAAUAAGCCAUCUGGUCAUUUGUGUAGCAGGUCCUACAGUGAAAUACACUCAUUAGCAAGCAGUGCCCAAGUGCACAGAGCUUGCAGUCAGUUUCUAGUAGCUCACUCUUAAAUAAGAAGGGACAGGGACUUCCCUGGCAGUCCAGCAGUUAAGACUGUGCUUCCACUGCAGGGGCCACAGGUUCCAUCCCUGGUCAGGAAACUAAGAUCCCACAUGCUGCGUGGUGUGGCAAAAAAAAAAGGGGGGGGCAGAAUAAGGAUCACAGACAUAAGAGAGAAAGCCCCAACGCAAAAGAAAGACCAAAACAAGUACACAGAUACAGAGAAACCCAAUGAAAACAGAGAAAACUCAAUGAAAACAGAACAACAUUUCAACGAAAUGACAAUUCUUCAGAAAUAAGUGAAGGUAUUGCAUUCAGGAAACAAGAACAAGGUGCAAUAAAAAGGAUAAAUUAAAGCUCUUAGAAAUUAAAAAGCAUGACAGCAGAAAACAAAAACAGUAAAAGGGUUUAAAGAUAAUGGAAAUUUCCCAGAAAGUUGAACAAAAAUACAAAGAGAUGGAAUAUAGGAGAGAAAGGAUAAGAGAAUUAGAGAAUCAAUCCAAGAGUUCUAACAGCCAAUAAAAAAAAUUCAAAGGAGGAACUUACCUAAGAAGGAAUACAGGAAAAUUUGACAGAAGCAAAGAACGAGGUCUCCACAUCAAAGGACCCACACAGUAACUAGCACCUUGAUGAAAAAGAUUUACCCUGAGGCACAUAAACAUGACAUUUUAAAAUUUCAGCCUUGAAGAGAAGACUCCAACAACAGACAAAAAGAUUAGGAAUAUGCAUGGUAUAAAACCUCUUACAAGAUUUAAAGCUAGAAUAUAGCAGAAAUUAUCCUCAAAACUCUGAAGUAAAAAUGCUUGGUUGUGAAUUUUAUACCCAGCCAAACUAUUAUCAUAUGAGAAUAGAAUAAAGACAUUUUCAGACAUGCAGGGUCUCAAAAAAUAUAUCUCACACAUACUAUUCUUUCACUAAAACAAGAGAGUAAACAACAAAAACAUGGAUCCAAGAAAAAGGGGAUCUAACAGAGGAAGGGUGUGAGGAGCGAUAUCAGGCUGACAGCAGUGCAACAGGCCUGGAGAGCAACAGUCCAGAUUAACCUACGAGGAGAGCACGCACCCAGAGAGACCCAGGGAAGACUAACUGAAACAGGUAGAUUAUCUGGCUACCUGUUGAUUGGUUUCCAUACCAACCUUGGUAUGGAAAAUUAUAUGAAAUUUUAUUUUAUAAAACCAUUGGAGCCGU